AUGAGCGGGAUCGCCGGGGCGGAGACCGACCUGCUGCCGAGGAGCUGGGGUGGUCUGAACGGCGGGUGCAAGCCUCUACCCGGGCAGGGCACGCCACACUCCAACACCUACACCGUGCAGUCGAGCGCUCUUUCGCGGGACUCUGUUUACGCGCGGGACCUUCCCGUGCCGCUACUCAUGAUGCCAGCUCGUAAGGAUGUAUCCCACGGGGCGACCAACAUGGGGUGGAACGCCUCCUCUCACCAUUUGCACAUGGCGCAAGAGUGCCCAGCUCCUAUCGCUGAGUACUACACGCCGGGAGAACAGACCUAUCAACCCGUCGGCUUCGCCCUACCGCAGUCCAGAGGAUGCGACCCCUUCCCCAAUGGCCAUGAAUACUGUCCUCCCGGCUACGCCGUGGACGCUCAGUACGGCUGCCGCUACUACGACCAACGCAGCCCCGUCAACCAAUCCAUGUACGGAGCCCAACAGUUACACCCGACCACCAACUCUUCCCCUCCCAAAGCCGCCACAGUCUACACGCAAGCCCUUACUGCAUUCCCAGGCACCAAUCCUGUAACCGGUGGUACGAAGGGCUUCUCGGCGACAGGCACCGGGACGACAACCCAGCGUCCUCGGACCAGAAAGAAGCGACGCCCGUACAGCAAACCCCAGCUGGCCCUGCUAGAAGACGAGUACGCCUCGCAGAAGUUCCUGACGAAGGAGAAAAGGAAGGAGAUCUCGGAAAGCAGUAGUCUGUCAGAAAGGCAGGUGAUGAUAUGGUUCCAGAACCGCCGGAUGAAGGAGAAGAAGUUAGCGCGUAGAGCCGCCGCGCAAAGACACGCACAACACUUGUACGCAUAAUUUAAUAACAACCCAUAAUUACACAACCUAGGUAUCUAUCCAAGUAUUUGGUGUACAUAAACGUGUUUUUUUGACAAAACUAUCAAUAACAUGACGGAGCAACUACUGUUUGUUUUUUUUCCUUCGAAAUGCGAUAGAGCAUUUCUAAAUGCUUCUCUUCUGAUCGACUUUUGUGUACGUGAAACUU